AUGGCGAGCCCGAAGCUCUCGGCUCGCCCAGGCGACGCUCAGGCCCUAAAGGCGUGCAUAUCUGCUCAGGUGUCUGGAUUAGAGCUAGCGUUCGUCGUUGCUGACCCCAAGAACGCGUUCGGUACGCCCAGCGUGUCCCUGGCGCUCUCGGAAGGCGCGGCUCUUGCCGAGCCCAAUGCAGUGGCAUCGUUUUUGGCAGAGGGCUCGACGCUGAAGCCGUCUGGCGCUACCGCGCCACGCGACGCGCAAUGGCUCGAAUGGGAGGCGUCGGUGCUGCGGCCGGCCAGCUACCUGGGCGGGGAGCAGCUGGAUGCGGCGCUGGCGGAGCUCGCUGCGUCGGCGGCGGCGGGCAGCUUCCUGGCAGGCGGCGAGGUGCCGUCGCUGGCGGACGUGAGUGGGCAGCGGUCCAGCAGCAGCAGCAGCAGCAGCAGCAGCAGCAGCAGCAGCAGCAGCAGCAGCAGCAGCAGCAGCAGCAGCAAGGAACCCGCCCUUAGCGCAGGGGGAUCCAGAACCUCAGCGUCCUCUGGCACGUGGCUGACGGCGCCGGGCGCGCGCUGGCGGGACCCUCCGCCUUGUUUGACCCGCCCGCAGGCCGCAGUCUUCUGCACCCUGCUGCCCCUCCAGCGCCGCGGCGCGCUCUCGGCCGCGCCGCCGGCGGUGAGCGAGCUGCUGGCGCGCAUUGAGGCGGCGCUGCCCGUCGCCGCGGCGCUGGCUGUCGCACUGGCCGGCGCGGAGGAGGGCGCGCUGGUGGCGACGUUUGAGGCGGACGCGGCGGCGCACGCGGCGGCGGUGCCCAAGCGGCCCGCCAAGGCGCGGCGGAACGUGCUGAUCACGAGCGCGCUGCCGUACGUGAACAACGUCCCCCACCUGGGCAACAUCAUCGGCUGCGUGCUGUCCGCCGACUGCUACGCGCGCUACUGCCGGUCGCGCGGCUACAACACGCUGUUUGUGUGCGGCACAGACGAGUACGGCACCGCCACUGAGACCAAGGCACUGGAGGAGGGGCUCACCUGCCAGCAGAUCUGCGACAAGUACCACGCCAUCCACAAGGGCAUCUACGAGUGGUUUGGCAUCAGCACAGACAAGUUUGGCCGCACCCCCACGCGCCACCAGACGCAGAUCUGCCAGGACCUCUUCCUGCAGCUGUGGGAGCGCGGCAACUGCCUGGAGCAGUCCAUGGAGCAGCUGUACAGCGAGGCCGCGGGCAAGUUCCUGGCGGACCGCUUCGUGUCGGGCACCUGCCCCAAGUGCGGCUAUGAGGAUGCGCGUGGUGACCAGUGCGAUAACUGCGGCAGCCUCAUGAACCCCACAGAGCUCAUCAACCCGCGCUGCAAGAUCACCGGCACCAAGCCCGUCGUCCGCUCGACGCGCCACGUGUUCCUGGACCUGCCCCGGCUGAGCGGCGAGCUGCAGGCCUACAUCGACGGCGCCUCGAAGGACGGCGG